CUUUAUUUUCCCUUGCCGAUUCCUAGGACACGGGGGUGGGUGCAGUCGCUGUGACCAUCUUCAGGAUCUAGCCUCUUUAGUUAAAGGAAAAUUCCCAAGGCCCAAGGGGCCAGCAGGCCUGCAAGUUUCCUCCUGCUCGGCAGGCCCCUGGCCCUGCUCCAUCUGGGGUCCCUGGCUUGCCCACCUCCGAAGGCAGCCUUGGCGGGCAGGGUGGGCGCCCCGCUCCAUCCUGGCGCCUCUAGCACCCCAUCUCUUCCACGCCCUCUCUCUUCCUCACUCAGGCGGCUGCCCGGGCCGGAAUCCUGGAUGGUGAUGGAGGGCCAGGAGUCCGGAGGCAGGCCCCAGCCUCUCCCCCAGCUCCGGACUGGCGGCCGUGGCGACACCUAAAAGAAUGAGGGGGUGCCCAGGCUCGGAGCGCCCCCGGCCGGAUCGUGAGCGGGCCCCGGCGGCCCCCAGCUCGGAGCGCUCUCGCUUGCCGGGCCCCGGGGCUCGGCGAGCUGCUGUCGCCGCCCGGGCGCUAGGAGGAAGGGAGGCCGAGCGGCUGGAGCAGGAGGCAGCAGCGGCGGCAGAAGGCCCGCGGUAGCUGCGGAGGGCGAGGCCGGGGAGGGGGCGCCUGGGCUUGGAAGCCCCCGGGCCCCAUCUAGGCCGUUCGAGGACAAAGCCCCCUGAUCGCCGCUGCGGCCUACACCGCGCAGCACAAAGGGCGAUUUGCGACACGCACCCAUCCCCCUUCCAGCUCGGGGUGGCCCCGGGCCCCCGGUGGAGGCAGGGAGGUGGGGGAAGCCCCGGCGCGCCGCCCCUCACUCGCCCUCCCUCGGGGCCCGGCGAGCGCCCCGCCCCGCCCCGCCCCCGCCCCGUCUGCCUGUCCUCUCCGGGAGGGGUCCGGGGGCGCGGCGCCCACAUAACACUCCCCCUUCUGCGCUCGGAGCCACCCCUCUCCCCUCCCUCCUGCAAACACCACCGCCUCCGCUGCCACCGCCGCCACCUCGCCCAACGCUCUGCAGCUCGCGGCGGCCGGUGGGCGGUGCGCGGACCCUGCGCGCCGGGUGCGCCAGAUGUGCAGUCCCCGCCACUGCCAGUGACCCAGCCGCAGCCCGAGCGGAACCCGGCCGCCUCCCCAAUGCUGCGGGGGCGACACUGAGCGCACCCCGGCUUCCCUCUGCCGGGACCCCGACACGCAGAGCGCUGUGCCCAGUCCUGCCCUCUCCAGCCCCGCACGCCCCACGUUUGGACAUGGAGGGGGCCGCUGCGCCCGCGGUCCGGGACGGCCCCGACUUGGGGCCGGGGGCGCCAGGCUCUCCCCCGGAGGCGGUGGUGGGGGCGACCGCAGCCCCCGCAGCGGCGGCGGCGGCGGCGGCGGCGGCGGCCCCGGAGCCCAGGAAGCCGCACGGGGUGAAACGGCAUCACCACAAACACAACUUGAAGCACCGCUACGAGCUGCAGGAGACCCUAGGCAAAGGCACCUACGGCAAAGUGAAGAGGGCCACUGAGAGGUUUUCGGGCCGAGUGGUUGCUAUAAAAUCCAUUCGUAAGGACAAAAUUAAGGAUGAACAAGACAUGGUUCACAUCAGACGAGAGAUUGAGAUCAUGUCAUCCCUCAACCAUCCUCAUAUCAUCAGUAUUUAUGAAGUGUUUGAGAACAAAGAUAAGAUUGUGAUCAUCAUGGAGUACGCGAGCAAAGGGGAGCUGUACGAUUACAUCAGCGAGCGGCGGCGCCUCAGCGAGAGGGAGACCAGACACUUCUUCCGGCAAAUCGUCUCCGCCGUGCACUAUUGUCACAAGAAUGGUGUGGUCCACCGGGACUUGAAGCUAGAAAAUAUACUGCUCGAUGACAACUGCAACAUUAAGAUUGCUGACUUUGGGCUUUCUAACCUGUACCAGAAGGACAAGUUCUUGCAAACGUUUUGUGGGAGCCCCCUCUAUGCAUCUCCUGAAAUUGUCAACGGGAGGCCUUACCGAGGGCCAGAGGUGGACAGCUGGGCCCUGGGCGUGUUGCUUUACACUCUCGUUUAUGGAACAAUGCCCUUCGAUGGUUUCGAUCACAAAAACCUCAUUCGGCAGAUCAGCAGCGGAGAGUACCGGGAGCCCACGCAGCCCUCAGAUGCUCGAGGACUCAUUCGGUGGAUGCUGAUGGUGAACCCCGAUCGCCGGGCCACCAUCGAGGACAUCGCCAACCACUGGUGGGUGAACUGGGGCUACAAGAGCAGCGUCUGCGACUGUGAUGCCCUUCAUAACUCCGAGUCCCCGCUCCUGGCUCGCAUUAUUGACUGGCACCACCGUUCCACGGGGCUGCAGGCUGAGGCCGAAGCCAAAAUUAAGGGCCUGGCCAAACCCGGGGCCUCCGAGGUCAUGCUGGAGCGGCAGCGGUCGCUGAAGAAAUCCAAGAAAGAGAAUGACUUUGCCCAGUCUGGCCAGGAUGCGGUGCCCGAGAGCCCAUCCAAGUUGAGUUCCAAGAGGCCCAAAGGGAUCCUGAAGAAACGAAGCAACAGUGAGCAUCGCUGUCACAGCACCGGCUUCAUGGAAGGCAUCGUCAGUCCUGCCUUACCCUCUGCUUUCAAGAUGGAGCAGGACUUGUGCCGGACUGGCGUGCCCCUCCCAAGCUCCCCCGAGGCAGAGGUGCCAGGUAAACUCAGCCCCAAACAGUCAGCCACCAUGCCCAAGAAAGGCAUCUUGAAAAAGACCCAGCAGAGAGAAUCGGGUUAUUACUCCUCCCCGGAGCGCAGUGAGUCUUCCGAGCUGUUGGACAGUAACGACGGGAUGGGGAGCAGCGUCCCGUCUCCCAGCCCCCCAGACCCAGCCAGGGUGACUGCCCAUAGCCUCUCCUGCCGCAGGAAGGGCAUCCUGAAACACAGCAGCAAGUACUCCACCGGCACCAUGGACCCGGCCCUCGCCAGCCCUGAAAUGCCCACACUGGAAUCCUUGCUGGAGCCUGGCGUCCCUGCCGAGGGCCUCUCCCGGAGCUACAGCCGGCCUUCCAGCGUCAUCAGUGAUGACAGCGUCCUGUCCAGUGACUCCUUUGACUUACUGGAUUUGCAGGAGAAUCGCCCCGCCCGCCAGCGUAUCCGCAGCUGUGUCUCCGCCGAAAACUUCCUCCAGAUCCAGGACUUUGAGGGGCUCCAGAACCGGCCUCGUCCCCAGUACCUGAAACGGUACCGGAACCGGCUGGGAGACAGCAGCUUCUCCCUCCUCACGGACAUGGAUGAUGUGACUCAGGUCUACAAGAAAGCGCUGGAGAUCUGCAACAAGCUCAACUAGCUCCUCUGGGGUGCAGGGGUGGGUUGGGGGUGGGUACGAGGGAGGAAGGGGAGCAGCGACUUGUGCUAAUGAGCUGGUUACCUCGUUGCUGGCCGUGAUAAUAAACUGAAAAAGGAUUGGUGCCAUCUCACUUGGCCAAGUUUGCAGCCUUAGGCCAGCACCUAAAAGGAAGAAGUGGGCUCUCUGCCAGUCCUGUCAACUGCCAGUCAGAAUUUGGCUCCUAACUGGCAUUAGCUUUAUGUCACCUCCUAGAGGACCAGCUGUCCAGGGGAGAUGGUGUUGGCCAGCGCUUAGAGGGUGGGAAGGAGGCAUAUGGGAGAAGGAGCAUUUUCCUAGAAUCAUCCAAAUGCCUCUGAAGGAAGAGCAAGAGAGACCGUUGGCUUUGGGUGGGCUUAGAGUUUGCUCCCUCUUGUGUUUGCAAGUUUGGUCUGACCACAUGGGGUUGGCAAAUAGGUUUCAGCAACCUGAGCUUGAAUCGGUGAUGGAUUGAUAGUGGCUGCUGAGGAUGCUGGUUUGAGUAGCCCAGACACCUGGGAAGGAGUACUGUGAUUGAAUAAUCAUGGCUGCCCUGGGGAUGGGGAUGGGGGUAGUAGCACUUAUGCCACGCAGUUGCCAUCCUUGACCUGGCUAAGCCCUGGGAGUUAAGUUAGGACAUCUUGUGGGAUCUGCGUUAUCUCUUUCAUGCCGCUGGUGUGUCAAGACAGGGCCUUGGUCAGAGAGAGAAUGCAUUCAAUUCUGCUAAGGACUUCGAGUCAGCCCAUGGUGAUUUUUUGGCUUUCCCCCCGAUGUCUGUUUUGCUCUUCAGCACAACCUCCCUAAGAGUAGACAGGAAAAAAGAUGGUGGUGUCAGAGGUCAAAGCUUUGGUGUAGAACAGAGCUAGGGACCCUCUGUGAUCCUUGUGCAGAUGAAUGGAAAUUGACCCACACCCACAAGGGGGCAACUUGUCGAUUUCUUUAAUAUCUCAAUAUUAACUGGAAUGCCACCUCUUGGGUUCACUUUCACCUGCAUGAAUGCUCUAAAUUGGAUGUGAUACUGUCCAUAGUCUCCAAAGGAGUAACUGGCUCAACCACUGACUGUUGAGUAAUAGCAGAUGGUCCCCCAUCCACCAAGUGUGGAAUCCUCAGAGGUAGGCAAGUUCGCUUCUAGGGAUUUAGUGUGUAGGUGGAAUAUUUGGAUGAGGAGAGGCAAGUCAGGCAGAAGCUACUUUCCCCCCAAAUCUAGGUAGCCUGUGUCAUGGGUUUGAACUUCUUGGCUCUGGGAAAAAAGGAAGAUCCAUUUAUUCAAAUGAAUAAGGUGUUGAAAGAGCAGAGUAGGUUAGGAGAAAGCACCCAGGAGAGGGAACAUUUCUCUAAAAGUCAUCCAGAAGGUGUUGGAGGAGGCAGAGAAGAGAUGCGAUAGGACUCUUAUCUUAAAAAGUAACAUAACUAGGUGUUUAACUUCUAGACACCCAAAUUAUAGGCAACAAGAUGUCACUCCCACAAUGGGACAUCUUCAGAUAUGAGGUUUGGAAUUAAUGGUCUCAUUUGGGUAUUUUGGAUGACUUCAGAGUCAUCCCGGAAAACCCUUGUUUCAAGAUGGCUGACUUCUGGUGGCUACCCAGAUAUAUAAGAAGGACUAGUCUUGGGGGUCUUUUUGGGAAAACCAACAGACAGUAGUUCAUAGGGAGAUGAGAAAAAAUUCACCUUAAGGCACUGAGAACAUUAAUUAGAAUGAAACUGCCCUUUCCCUAGGAGAUGGCACCAUUUCUCCCCUUGCUACCAGCUCUGAGGGUUUGGUUUGUGUAUUCCUUCAGGUUGAGUGAGUAAUACACUGUGGGCAGCUUCUCAGUUUCCUUUCAUUCAGUUCCACCUCCUUCCUGAGCUCCAAUAUAGGUUCAAAGGGAAAAAAAAAAAUCUCCAGGUAGCAAAUUGCGUGUGGAGGGGAUGUGGAUGCAAGAAGGACCUUCUGCAACCUUUGAGCUCCCUACUCCUUGUCUCAAUUUGUGCAACCUUUUCUGGGCAGCCUGUACUGCCACACUGCUGGUCCCUCAUGCAUGGUAGCUGACCUAAUUGGUAGCUGUCUGUAUGACUUAGAUAUAACACCUACCUACUGGUUGAUGUGUUUUUUCUUGUUCCUUUUGCCAAGUGAUUGCCUCUGUUUAGUAUUUUCUAGCCUUCUCGAAAUCUUUCAAUAAAAAUGACACUUCAAGGAAAAUUAUUCUACGCCCCCCCCAAAAGAAAACCCCAACACACACACACACACACACACUCUUAUGUUUUCUUUUGUCAAUAAACCCAGACAGUGGAUUGUGGCAAAGGCAGUUCUCCACUCAGAGGCAGAGAUUCUGAGUUGAGUCCUGGUGUGCUGCUAACUUGCUGGUGGCCUGUAGUGUUGUAGGGGCUAAGUCUUCCCUUCAGUGAGGGCUGGAGGGAUGGAUUAGCUGGUUGCUCAGGCCCUGCCGAGUUCUGACAUUCUGCUAAAUCCUCCAAUUCUAGAUUUGAUAUUCACUCUGUCUUUUCAAGGAAAAAUUGGGAAUAGAGGGAAAAACCCUAAAAAGCAGUUUUCCUGCUUCCUGAUGAAGCCCUGUCGUCCCUACCGGCCAAUCCCCGGCCAAGGAAGCCGUGCCUCCUUCAUUUCCAUGGAAUUACAAGUGAGAGACACGAUGACCUGGUGGACCAAGCAGGAGAUUCGACGUCAGCUCUCCUGGUCCUUUCCUUGCCUCUGUGGGCCUUUCAGUGUCUUAGUUUACACAUCUGCCAAAGGAGUAGAAUUAUACUUCUUUUUACAGGUAAAUUUCAAGGCAUGAUCAGUUUUCAGGAAGUGCUUCAAGACGCCAGGCGAAAUGAAAGUGCCAAGUACUCUCUUAAUUUCCAUCCCUGUUAUAAGGUGCUGCUGCUUUAGAUGACAGGGAGCACUUUUCAGGGUGAAAUUCAGGUGAGUGUUGGCCCAGACCUGCUGUCUUGAGUACAAAUGUGAAUGACUGACUGACUGCUUAUUGCCAAACUGGAAAUGUUGUAGGGAUUAACUGGCAUGGUAUCAUUCCUAGAAGAAAAAAAAGAGAGAGAGAGUGAGAGAGAGAGCGAGAAACUUGACUGCACAUUUUUUUUUUUAAUCCG